AUGCCAACCGUUUUUAAAUUGAUGAACGACCUGGCCGCUACUUUAAAAGAAAAAGCACCAAAAAUCACCGUUGAAAAUUUGUAUAGAGAUGGUGGUUUCGACGGUAACAUUCCAUAUUUCUUUGCUUUACUGGCAGAGGAUACAGAAAUAAAAGAUUCGAAUGGACUGCCAUCCGCCGUUGGAUUUACAUUGUGUUCGUAUUCGUAUUCGUGGGACGGGCGCACCAUCUACAUGCGCAACAUUCUCGUGUGUGAUUCGCAUCGAUCAAAAGGUGUAGGUAAAUUGAUCUUCCAUGCAGUAGUUAAAUAUGCCAAGGAAAUUGGAUGCAAUCGCAUUGAGCUGCACGUGAAUGAACAUAAUCCAGCUCGUAAAUUCUACAAAGGGAUGGGUGCAAUAAAUGCUGCCGAAAAAGAAGGCCAUGUUUACUAUCGCUUGUACGAUGUCAAAAAUAAAUUUCAUGCAAUUUAA